AUGGCUAAACAAUUAGUUAUUGUAAUCGCAGGAGUCACAUGUGGGGGCAAAACUACUAUUGCCAACCGUCUAACUAACACAUUUAAUGAUAUUUCAAUAUUACAUCAAGAUGAUUUUUACUAUACUAAAUAUGAAGAUCAUUUGGAAAGUAUUCCAGAACUUAAUUACCAUGCUUGGGAUAAAAUAAGUGCCUAUGAUAUGAAUAAAAUGAUGACUGCAAUUGAUUCUCAAACUUCUAACAUUUUAGUGCUUGAAGGAAUUCUUUUACUUGAUGAUAUUAGAAUUUUAAAUUUAGCAGAUUUAAUGUUUUUUACUGUUUUGGAUAAACAAAUUUGUUGGGAUAGACGUGUAGCUAGAACAUAUUUGCCUCCUGAACCACCAGGGUAUUUUGAGAAGUAUGCAUGGCCCGAGUAUGAAAGACAUUUAGAAAUGAUAAAAAAAAAAAAAACUGAUGUUAUAUUUUUAAAUGGUUCUGACAGCAUUGAUUUUAAUACGUCUGUUGUUGUUAAUCACAUUAAACAAUUAGUAUUAAAUUUAAAAUAAUAGUAUAAUAGUUGAUAUGUAUUUGUUUAUCAGAUUUUUUCAGUUUGUACUUCAUAUUAUUAUAGUUAAAAUGUAAUAUUUAUUUUUAAUCAUACAUUGUUUAAAAACUUGGAAUGUUCAAAAAUAAUACAUCGGACAAUAUUUAUACUCUUAAGAAUUAUUUUAAUUUCAUAAUCAUAAUUUGUUAAAUAGACAAUUAUAAUAUUUAUAUUCAAUAAAUCAUUAAUGUAAUAAAUAUACUUAAAUUUGGUAAAUCAUAAAUGUUCAAAGGCUAUUUAUAAUUUAAAA